AUGGCAGCCGAGGAACUAGGACAAUAUGAAUUCCAAUUGCAGCAAGUGGACGAAGCACUAUCCAGAGACCCAUCCAACUCGGAAUUGCUCAAACUAAAGACAUCGCUAGUCGAACUCAUCCAGCUGGUCCAUGCCACCGUAGGAAUACCAGCCCAGCAACCAUCUAAUUCCCACACGACUCCCGACUCUCCUAAACUACAGCAACAAUCAUCAUCGACAUCAACAUUAAACAAAUCAUCGACAACCCAAUGGACGAGAGGACAGCGAGUCAUGGCCAAAUAUCAAAAGGACGGGCUCUUUUAUGAAGCAACUAUAGACUCAAUCCCUACUGAAAAGACUUUGACUUAUAGAGUUGUCUUUACGGGUUAUGGAAACUCGGAGCAAGUCAGGCCAAACGAUAUAAGAGAAGUACCGCCACUACCCUCUAUACCUGCUUCUGCUCUUCUUAAUACAGCUUCAGCAUCAUCAACUAAUCCACAAUCAUCAUCAACCGAAUCCGAAGCUGCCACUAGGAAGCGAACCGCUUCUGAAAGUGUCUUUGGCCCUCCACCUUCUGUCGAACGGAAAAAGGCUAGAAAGGAUGCUGCCGCUGCAGGUGCGAGUGGUGUAGCAAGUGGUAUUGGAAAUGCUGGUGGUCAUAGUAGUAAUAACAACUCGGUUACUCCUGCUUCUGGAUCCGCUUCUUCAAAGGCUGCUGCCGUUGCUCAAAAGAAGAGGGCGCCGAAAGAAGAAGUCGUCAAACAAAAGGAGUGGUUGGCUUUUGCUUCUGGAUCUGCAAAGAAGAGUAGUCUCAAGGUGGUGCCAUUGAAACAGAAGAGUAUGUUUGCAACACCUGAUGAUCCAACAGCAAAAGUCGGGGUCGUCGGUAGUGGUAAAGGAAUGACUCAAUUCCAGCAACGCGGGAAGCACAUAUUUGAUGCUUGA